UUCACUAACUGCCUUAACUUUAAGGUCAGAUACACCAACCAUCUUGUACUCUCAAAUCCCUCCCUUUUUCUAGAUCCAACAAGCAUGUCGAGUAACUAGUGGUCUGGCUGGCCUCCCCCGUUCACACUCGCCAGCGUCUCUCUCCCGCACCGACUCCCCUUCCCAUCUCCAUCUCCUUCCUGGCCAAUUCUCACUCUUGACCACUUCCCUACUCCCUCGACGUCGGAUUUCUUCCCAUCCUUGUCGCCAUGGCGUCGGCUAUUUUCUUCCUGGAUCUGAAGGGCAAGACCCUUCUAGCCCGGAACUAUCGCGGAGACAUCCCUAUGUCCGCGGUCGAGAAAUUCCCUAUCCUCCUCAGCGACGCCGAAGAAGAGAGCUCCGCUGUCGCCCCCUGCUUCUCCCACGAAGGAAUCAAUUACCUCUACAUCCGUCACAGCAACCUCUACAUCCUGGCCCUGACUAAGAAGAACACCAAUGCCACCGAGAUCCUCCUCUUCCUACAUAAGAUCGUCGAGGUGUUUACGGAAUACUUCAAGGUGUUGGAGGAGGAAAGUAUCCGGGACAAUUUCGUUAUUAUCUAUGAAUUACUCGAUGAGAUGAUGGACUUCGGGUACCCGCAGACCACGGAGAGCAAGAUCUUGCAAGAAUACAUCACACAAGAAUCACACAAGCUCGAAGUCCAAGCCCGACCACCUAUCGCGGUCACCAAUGCCGUCUCCUGGCGAAGCGAGGGGAUCCGCUACCGCAAGAACGAAGUCUUCCUCGAUGUUGUCGAGUCCCUGAACCUCCUCGUCUCCGCGUCUGGUAACGUGCUGCGAUCGGAGAUUCUGGGCGCCAUCAAGAUGAAGUGCUACCUGAGUGGGAUGCCGGAGCUGCGGCUGGGCCUGAACGACAAGGUCAUGUUCGAGACCACGGGCCGCGCCACGCGCGGCAAGGCCGUCGAGAUGGAGGAUGUCAAGUUCCACCAGUGCGUGCGACUCUCGCGCUUCGAGAACGACCGCACCAUCAGCUUCAUCCCGCCGGAUGGCGAGUUCGAGCUCAUGAGCUACCGGUUGAACACGCAGGUGAAGCCGUUGAUCUGGGUGGAGUGUCUAGUCGAAUCUCACUCUGGUUCGCGAAUGGAGUACAUGCUAAAGGCUAAAGCGCAAUUCAAGCGCCGCAGCACAGCCAACAAUGUCGAGAUCCUCGUCCCCGUGCCGGAAGAUGCCGAUUCGCCGCGGUUCCGCACCAACAUCGGCACCGUCCACUACGCCCCCGAGAAGUCCGCCAUCAUCUGGAAGAUCAAGCAGUUCGGCGGCGGCAAGGAGUUCCUGAUGCGCGCGGAGCUGGGACUGCCCUCCGUCAAGGGCGAUGACGAGCACGGCGGCGGCAUGACGGGCGGCUUCGGCGGCAGCAUGGGCGGCACCGGCCAAGGCAAGGCCAAGCGGCCGAUCAACGUCAAGUUCGAGAUCCCCUAUUUCACCACCAGUGGGAUCCAAGUACGGUACUUGAAGAUCACCGAACCAAAGCUACAAUACCCUUCUCUCCCCUGGGUACGAUAUAUAACCCAGUCGGGCGAUAUCGCCGUCCGCAUGCCAGAUGUACAAUGAUGUAUAGCGUUUUCCAACCCUCCCACCCCCACUUCGCAUGUCCCGUCUUUUUUUUUCUGUCUCUUCUUCUAGUCCAAAUCAGAUCUAUUAUAAAUACUUUCUCCCCCUCCUUGCCCAUGGAUCAGCCCAGUACCUGGCAUUUCUAUACAUACACAGUCAUGAAAACAGGUUGGCUGUCGUGCUUUCCCCUUGCUUCUCCUUUGAGAGUCGUUUGGGUAGGGAAGAGCCGGACGCCGGAGCAGCCCUACUCGCGACCUCUUUUCAUUUCUCUCGGAAGUAUGAUUGUAUAUCCCUCCUUCUAUGUCCAGACGGAAGUAUUCCGUACUUAGGGUGAUAGUGCUGGCUUUGUAGUGUACAUCCGCAUCGUUGUCUCUGCUCUGCCUCAGGCCUCAAGUCUCAGGUCUCAGGUCUCAGGUCUCAGGUCUCAGGCUUCGAGCUCAGAUGGAGAAAAACCAGCGGAAAAGCUAAC